AACAGUGGCGCCAGCAACUAUCACCUGAGAAUAAACUGAAAACUGAAUAAAUCUCAAUUUGUUCAAUAUUUAUUUUUUCUUUAUAACCGUAGUACUAGAUUGUUUCAUGUACUUUAUUAAUCAUGAUUCUGUUUUUAAUGUUUAUUGAACUGGCCUUUAAUCUAGAGUUUGACCACCUGGAAAAAAAGUAAAUUGUUUAUAUUAUUUUGUUAAAAUUUGAGUGGGUCUACUAUUGUAAAGUCACUUUUUUUAUAAAUAUUCUUGCCAAACUGGAGUUCAGCCUGAUGGAUGUUACCAAGGAUAACACUUCAAACAUUUGAAGGUUAACAGAAAUCUCAUUUUUGUGUGUGUGUUUUCUAUAGUUCAAGUACUCGUUGUUUCAUCUGAUAAGUCUUCGCUUCCAUCUUUAUUCAUCAUCCUUGUAAAUCUAUGGAAUUAGGACUUCGAGUUGUCCGUGGACCGGACUGGAAGUGGGGCCUGCAAGAUGGCGGAGUAGGGCAUGUUGGAACUGUUGUAGAGAUUGGCCACCGCAAUUCAUCCACUAUACCUUUUAAAACGGUUGUAGUUCAAUGGGACUCUGGGUCUCGAAGUAAUUAUAGAGUUGGAUAUCAAGGGUCAUAUGAUUUAAGGGUGUUAGACAAUGCACCUGCCGGUGCAUACCAUCCAAGAGUUAAAUGUGAUGAAUGUGGAUCCGCUGGUAUCAUUGGUAUGAGAUGGCAAUGUUCAACAUGUAUUGAAUUUGACCUAUGUACACCGUGUUACAUGAAAGGAGCUCAUGACUUGAACCAUCCGUUUAUCAGGAUUGAUACGAUUUACCAUCUCGGUUUGGAGAUGCCAAAGAGGUCCCUUAACAAUACAGUGAAAAUACAGGCCCGAGGAAUAUUUAAAGGAGCCCGAGUUGUACGAGGUUACGAUUGGGAGUGGGACCUACAAGAUGGAGGUGAUGGUAAAAUUGGUGAAGUGAUUGACAUUCGGGAUUGGGACUCAGCCUCUGGUCGCAGUGUUGCUAGUGUUAAAUGGCAAAGAUCUUCCAACGUUUAUCGUGUCGGUCACAAAGGAAAAGUCGAUCUUAAAUGUGUUGUAGAUGCUGCCGGUGGUUAUUAUUAUAGAGAUCAUUUGCCAAUACUUGGACAAAAUUUUGUUGUUUCCGGUCCACCUGAAUCUUUAAUUGGCGCCGCAGCUACAGCCAGACCUCAAAUAGCCUCAUCACAACAAAGACAACAGCAACAAUCAUCCUCUUCAUCUUCAUCUUCUUCAUCCGUCGGAGCGAUGGCUAGAAGUUGUCCUUUCAAUAUUGGUGAUAAAGUGAGAGUGGCUGUUUCCACUGUCGACGAUCUUAAAACAUUACAAAAAGACCACGGAGGAUGGAAUCCUAGAAUGGCUCAAUAUAUAAAUAAAGUCGGAAUUGUCCACCGAAUUACAGAUAAACGUGAUAUAAGAGUUCAAUUUGACAAAUGCCGAAUGCGUUGGACUUUUAACCCCGACGCCUUGGAAAAGUAUAGUUGUUUUGCAAUUGGUGAUCUUGUCAAAGUUAUUGAUGAUGAGGAUCUAGUUAAAAAACUACAGCAUUAUCACGGUGAAUAUGUACCUGAUAUGACAAAUAUACUUGGAUCAACUGGUAGAGUUGUUAAAGUUUAUACUGACGGUGAUCUUAGAGUUAGCUUCGAAGGUAAAACAUGGACUCUCAAUCCUCAAUGCGUUAUAAACAUAUCAGAAAUGAAAAGAGUUGAACAAGCUAAAGAUAAAAAGCCUGAUGUUUACACAUUAAAAGACUGGCUGAAUGAACUAGGAAUGUUAGCUGAAAGCUCAAGAGAAAUCUAUUCAGCUGAUAAACAGUCUCUUGAAGGCACGGAUCCAGCCAAUACAUCAACUAGCAGUAAUACUAAUAACAUCAACAACAAUAAUCCGACUUCGAGCAAUUCGUCGACCUCUGAUAGUGCAAGUAACCAAUUAAAUGCAACAAGCGAAGCCAACAAUACGGAUAUUAAAUGUUUGAUUUGUGAUGAAAAUUUUGCAAACAUUCGCUUCUAUCCGUGUACUCAUCAAGUUUGUUGCAGCGAUUGUAGUGAUUGUAUCGUUCGGAUGAAAAAAUGCAUUAGCUGUAAACAAGUGAUUAAAAAAUUAUUAUACAUAGAAUCAAGUAAUGGACAAAUUUACGGAAUUGUAGAUCAUGGAGCUUCAUCUUCGAAUUCAUCAUCUAACAUGUCAUUUGGUCCAUUACCAUCAUCAUCAACAACCUCACUGCUCAAUAAUUUUCAAGCCAAAUCUCUCACGAUCAAACCUGAUGGUGAAUUAAAUAUUUCUGAUCCAAUUCAAAGGUUACAAUACCUUGAAACCAAAAUCAUGGAGAUCGAAGAAGCCAAUACAUGUGGAAUUUGUUUAGAAAGCACUAAAAAUGUAAUCUUUCUUUGUGGUCAUGGUGCAUGUGCUAACUGUUCGAGUACCUUAUCAAUUUGCCAUAUGUGUCGGAAGACGAUAACUAAGAGAAUCAACAUUUAUUAAUUCUCUUCUUGCCAGUUCUUUAAACUCUCUGGAUCACUAUCAUUAUUUCAUUAGUUUAUCAUUACCAGCAUUGUCACCAUCAUCGUUAUGUUCAUCAACCAGCUCAUCAAUGGAAACUAUUUCAACCCAACAGCCUUCACUUUUUCAUGCCCCUUGCUAAUCUAGAAACAAACAAAUAUCGCUAGUUUGACAGGCAAAGCUAAUUGUGAUGCGCAUUUUGUGUUUUUACAACAAGAAAAAAAGAUUAAUUCUUUUGAUGAUCAAAUAGUUAGUAAUUAUGUCCUCAGUCUAUGGCAAGGAAAUUAGGGAUUCCACUUUGACUUAACAUUUACAAAUGAAACAGAUAACAGGCAACUUCCCUAACCCCUCAACUUACCUUGGUUAACUUUUCUGAAAUUAUUUUCUCUGGAUUUUCCUGAGUCAUUCCUUAAUUUGCUUCAUUGAUAACAAAUUUAUCCUUGAAAGCAAAGACCAUUAAAUUACAAUUAGAAACGUCUACGUUCCCUAAACUAACCAUAUGUUUCUCCAUCCCCAUGAAUCUAUCCUUUCUAUCCUUGCCAUUCUCUAUCAAUCAGGAAUAGUCUUAUUGGUUAAUAUUAACUUUAAUUGAUCCCAAAUUAUUUCUCAAUCAAAUUUUAAUUAAUUGAUUUGUUUACUAUUGUAUUAGAUAUGUUUUACUCACAUCAACCUUCAAUUAUCCUCCAAUUUCUGUUAAUCAAUUAUUAUUUACAAUCAAUAUAAUCAUGUGACACAGGUUUCUGAUGGUCGAUCUAAAUUUGAAUAAUUGCUUUUAAUUAUUCAAAUUUGCUCACUAUAUCAUCAACAAAAUCAGUAGCCUUAAAUUAACAAUCAACUUGUAAAUCUUAUUUUUCCAAUCCUAUUCAAUCAACGAUUUCAUCUUGAAAUUGCUUUCUUUCUCAUUGUAUGACACAAAAUUUUUUCAUGCGCAUUUAGUUCCAAUUAUUUGAUUUGAUUGAUGUCUCAAUUUGAUUUUAAUUUGGCUUAUUAUUUUCACUCUUCUCCCUAUUGCUCAAAGGGGUCAAUCACUAUCUCAAUCUAUCUAAUAACAUUGAGUACAUCAUUUAAUUAUACUAUUAUUAUUAUCAUUAUUAUUAUUAUUACCUUUACAAUUAUUGCACUAUCAAUUCACUCUAUUAUUUUCAAUUGCUGACCCUGUCAAUGUUAGUUAAUCAAAAAUUGCCUGUUGGAGACAAAAAUUCAGCAUCAAUUGUUAAUUAUGCUGAUGCACCUAAAAGUAAUGAUUAAAAAAAUUGUAAAUUUCUCCUUCGUCCUCGUCUCCAUCUCCAUCUUCCUAGGUACAUAGACUAAUAGCCGAUCAUGAUCAUCGUCAUAUUCAUAAGCAUAAUUAUUCGCAUUGCGAUGGAGAAAACAAUUCAAAUCGAAUUAUCAUUGAUGUUCUCUCACAAAUUCAACAUUUGAUUCGGAUAAGGUUCUAUUAAAUGACUAACGAUUGCCAUUACCAUCCUUUUCUUCCAUUUUCCUGAAUAAAUUUUGAAAGGGAUGAAUAAAUCAUACAUCAUGUUGAUAA